AUGACCAUCAUCUCGAAAUUACUCCCUAGCACACCCAAAAAAAGGGCGCCCUCGCCUCCACCCAUCCUGUCCCCCGCGCCAAGAUCGCCUUCUCCCAUUCCAGAGCAGGCUGAGCGCCCUGCGGCGCCCGCCUCGCCUCCGUCUGAGGAGGAUCCGUGCCCGACGACGCCUCCCAUGUCCCUGGAGGAGGUGCUAUUCUCUGGACUCGUGUCGCGCUUGCACGCCGAGAACCGUGCGCUGAAGGCGAAGAACGAGACACUCACAGAGAAGGCAAAGGCCGCGAGGCGCGAGAAGGAAGACGCAGUUGCGGACCUCGAGCACACGAAAAAGUCGCUCGAGAGCAAGAUCGUCGCCCUCGAGGAGAAGAAUGCAAAGCUCAAGAUGCGCCUGAAGAAUGCCGACGCCUUGCUCAGCAAGACAGAGUUGUGGUUUGAGGCCUAUGUCAAGCUCAGCAAGGAGGCGACCAUCAGCCCAGGCUCUAGUGAAGCCGCCGCGCCGUCCUUACCGUCGAGCAAGUCUGGACGCUCGUCAUCUAACGGACACGCGUCGGACACCGGGCACCACUACCCGCACGCCGCGCAUGCAGUUUCGUCGCCCCCAGCGUCGAUUGCUGCAAACGGAUACACGGGGAUCUUGGACAAGACGAAAACACGGCGAGUGACGUCAGAGCCCCUGCCGGCAUCGACGGCAACGGCUUCCGCGGUCCCUAGAGUCCACUACUCGCCCUACUCGCCGCACCCUACUGCUCCUACUGCAGCAGGAGCUGGAGCUGGAGCUGGAGCAGCAUCCCCGCCGAGCGCCUCCGUCUCGCGCCAAAACUCGCAACAACAGUUAGGCAAGCGGAACUCAGUGCAGCAGCUGCCGGCCCAGUACACCCAGCAAUCGCAGCCGUUAUCGCACCGCAACAGCCAGCAGCAGUUAUCCCACCGCAUCUCGCAGCACGAGUUAGUGCAGCGCGCGAGCCAGCACCAGUUAGUGCAGCGCACGACGAGCAUUCUGCAGCGCCGGCCGACGGACAAGUCGGCCAAGCGCAACAGCGCCGACCAGCCCGUGCAGGGCGAGUAUUGGCGAGCGCGUUCGACGAGCGCCUCCAGACCGUCGGCGGCCGCGAGAGCCGCGAGAGUAGGGAAGAGCGCACGACCGAACGCCGCGCCCCGCCCCCGCCCUCGACCUACUACCCGCCAAACCAGAUGCGGCCCAGGCUCCCCGGCGCAGGCUCCGUGA